GAGAUGAGAUUCUGGAGCUGGGAAAGCACUGGGAAUGCCGGGAAAUCCAGACCGUGGGAGGUCGGAAGUGGACUGCGGAGAGGGAGGCAGAUGAUGCUCUUGUGGAUUAUCCUCUGCAGCUCACUGUGCCUGAUGGUCGAUGGCCAGAUGAAGAUCCCACCAGAAACUGCACAGCAGUGGGCUGUGUCCUUUGGCAAAGAGAUUGCUGCUCUGUCUAGCAGAUACUCAGGAGCAAAACUACUGCAGAAGAAAUUCAAGGACACUGAAAGUGUGGUGAAGAUAGAGGAGGUGGACGGGGAGGAGCUGGUGAAGAAGUUUGCUGAGGAGAUGGAGGAGAUGCUUGGGAGGAAGAUGAAAUCUGUCAAGAAGUUAGCAGAGGCUGCAGAAGAUGCUGAUCUUUACCAUGAGUACAAUGAAACACUGGAGUUUGACUACUAUAACUCCAUGCUGAUCAACACGUUGGAUGAAGAUGGGAAUCCCCUAAAGCUUGGAGGAGAAUUCCCUCUGGAGGAAAAUGAACACUUCAAUAAACUGCCGGUCAACACACAACAGAGUGACAUACAAGUUCCUACUAACGUCUACAAUAAAGACCCAGAUAUUCUGAAUGGAGUUUAUAUGUCUGAGGCUCUUAAUGACAUAUUCAUCGAUAACUUCCAGAAAGAUCCAACUCUUACUUGGCAGUACUUUGGUAGCUCUACGGGCUUCUUCAGGCUGUACCCAGGGAUCCAGUGGACCCCAGAUGAAAAUGGUGUUGUGACCUUUGACUGCAGGAACAGGAACUGGUACAUCCAGGCAGCCACUUCUCCGAAAGACGUGAUAAUCGUGGUGGAUGUUAGCGGCAGCAUGAAGGGGCUGAGGCUGACCAUAGCCAAGCACACCAUCAAUACGAUACUGGACACACUGGGAGAAAAUGACUUUGUCAACAUCAUAGCUUACAGUGACUAUGUUCGCUAUGUGGAGCCCUGCUUUGAAGGCAUGCUGGUCCAAGCUGAUCUGGACAACAGAGAGCAUUUUAAGCUUUUGAUUGAGGAGCUUCAUGUCAAAGGGGAAGGCAAAGUGAAAAAGGCCAUGAAGGAAUCCUUCAAGAUCCUCAAUGAGGCUACGGCGCUGGGCCAAGGCAGUCUAUGUAACCAGGCCAUCAUGCUGAUAACAGACGGAGCCAUGGAGGACUUCCAGGACGUCUUCGAGGAGUUCAACUGGCCAGAUCGACGGGUGCGAGUGUUCACCUAUCUGAUUGGACGAGAGAUGACUUUUGCUGAAAAUGUCAAAUGGAUCGCCUGCAACAACAAAGGGUACUACACACACAUCUCGACACUGGCUGACGUCCAGGAGAACGUUAUGGAGUACCUCCAUGUUCUCAGCCGGCCAAUGGUCAUCAACCACGACCAUGACAUCAUCUGGACGGAGGCCUACAUGGACAGUGUGCUGUUCAACAGCCAGGCCCAGAGUUUGCUGCUGAUGACUUCAGUAGCCAUGCCUGUGUUCAGCAAGAAGAAAGAGACUCUGUCUCAUGGGAUUCUGCUGGGAGUGGUGGGAACUGAUGUGGCUGUGAGAGAACUGAUGAGAUUAGCUCCACGAUACAAGCUUGGUGUCCAUGGUUACGCCUUCCUCAACACCAACAACGGCUACAUCCUGUCUCAUCCUGAGCUACGACCUUUGUAUAAGGAGGGUAAGACACUGAAGCCAAAACCCAACUAUAACAGUGUUGAUCUGUCAGAGGUGGAAUGGGAAGAUACUGAGGAGAAACUGAGGACGUCCAUGGUGAAGGGAGAAACGGGAAAGCUGUCUUUAGACGUCAGAUCCUCAGUGGAUAAAGGAAAAAGAGUGAUUUUCCUGAAGAAUGAUUACUUCUACACCAUCAUUAACGAAACACCAUUCAGUCUGGGUAUAGUGCUGACCCGAGGAUUUGGACAGUACAUCUUCACAGGAAAUGUGUCUGUUGAGGAGGGUCUUCAUGACCUGCUGGCUCCAGAUCUGACCAUAGCCAGUGAAUGGACGUACUGUGAGACAGACAUUGAUCCAGCCCACCGUAAGCUGAGCCAGCUGCAGGCUGUGGUGCGAUAUCUCACGGGCAAAGAACCAGACCUGGAAUGUGAUGAGCAGUUGUUGCAGCAGACUCUGUUUGAUGCUGUGGUUACGGCUCCCAUGGAGGCCUACUGGACUGCGCUCAUGCUCAAUGCUUCUGGAAUGGAUGAGGGGGUAGAAACUGCGUUCCUUGGGACGCGCUCAGGGCUGAUGAGGUUCCAGAGAUACACCGGCAUCGAGAAACGAAUCGGCAAGAAUUUCCUGACCUCCUCAGACAAGGCGAAUAUCUUCACCAUGGACCAUUUCCCAGUUUGGUACCGCAGAGCCGUGGAGUUCCCGGCUGGACAGUUUCUGUACUACGUGCCCAGACAGGACACCAGAGCAGAGAGGAUAAUCAUCGCCACCACUGCUGUCACCGUUACCGUGGGCAAGAAAACUGCCGUCGCUGGAGGUAGGAAAAAUAGCUUAUUGCUGGUUAACAUGUCGGCCAAGCUGCGUGGCUGGUGGCACUUUGAUUCCCUGAUGGGUCAGUCACACUGGGCCAUGCUGACAGUGUGA